GACACCCGUAAUUGCUACUUGAGUGCAUUCAAACACCAUUCGUGCUGUCUUCGUCCCAGUCGACUCGUCUCGUACACUUUGAAGCUUCUCGGAUGAGUUUAUGUUGCUAACAAAGAGACGCGUUGGUGAUCAACAAUGAGGACAGCAGCGUACAAGGAGGAACUUUGGAGGCCAAACGAGGAAAAGAAACCGCAACGUCAACUACUGGACGCUGUGUUCAGUCUACAGCCUCGAAUUGUGCUACGCAGAGCAGAUGUCAGUGAAUAUCUUAAUCCGGGCUGGCAGCAGUCAGUGUCCAGUCACAUCAAAGAGGAAGAAGAAGGUGAAGAGGUUCGGUAUAUCAAAGAGGAGGAGGAAGAAAUUCUCCACGUGAAAGAGGAAGAGCAGGAGGAAAGCAUCCAAGUUCCACCCACUGGUGUCCAUUUGAAGAAUAAAGAUGAAGGUCAAAGUGAGGAGAGACGAUGGGCGCAGCCUCCAAGCAGGAAGAGCUCAAGUGAUGGAGACCAUUGUGAAGUAUCACAAACAAAUGGUCAUCAUGAUGAUGAUGAUGAUUAUGAUGAUGAUGACGAUGAUGAACAGUCAGCAGGUGAUAGGACAUGUCACACUGCCAACAAAUGCUGCAAAUGUUGUCGGUGUAGGAAAACAUUUGCUUCUAUGAGGGAUUUUAAACAACACGUGAAAAUACACACAGGAGAGAAGCCUUUUACAGGCUCAAUUUAUGGUGAAAGAUUCUCACAGAAGGGAACCUUAAAAAUACCCACAACAAAACAAAUUGGUGAGAAACCUUUUUCCUGCUUAGUUUGUGGUCAAAGAUUCAAUCGGAAGGGAGAUUUUAAAAUACACACAAGAAUACACGGUGGUGUGAAACCUUUUUCUUGUUUAGUUUGUGGUCAAAGAUUCACUCGGAAUGGAGAUUUAAAAAGACACACAAGAACACACACUGGUGAGAAGCCUUUUGUAUGCUCAGUUUGUGGUCAAAGAUUUUCUCAGAAGGCACAUUUUAAAAUACACACAAGAAUACACACUGGUGUGAAACCAUUUUCCUGCUUAGUUUGUGAUAAAAGAUUCGCUGGGAAGGGAGAUUUAAAAAGACAUACAAGAACACACACUGGUGUGAAACCUUUUUCAUGUCCACUUUGUGAUAAAAGAUUCACUGAGAAGGGAAAAUUACAAAUCCACACAAGAAUCCACACUGGUGAGAAACCUUUUUCAUGUCCAUUUUGUGAUAAAAAAUUCGCUGAUAAGGGAAAUUUAAAAAGACACACAAGAACACACACUGGUGAGAAACCUUUUUUAUGUCCAGUUUGUGAUAAAAGAUUCAAUGAGAAGGAAAAAUUAAAAAUACACUUAAGAACACAUACUGGUGAGAAACCUUUUUCAUGUCCAGUUUGUGAUAAAAGCUUCACUCAGAAGAGAAAAUUAAAAAUGCACUCAAGAACACACACUGGUGAGAAACCUUUUUCAUGUCCAGUUUGUGAUAAAAGAUUCACUGAGAAGGGAAAUUUAAAAAGACACACAAGAACACACACUGGUGAUAAAUCUUUUUCCUACUCAGAUGUAGCCAAAGAUUCUCUGUGAAUGAAAGUUUAAAAAGACACAAGAACACACACUUGUAAGAAAUGUUUGCUUGCCCACUUUGUUCAAACAUUCUCUUGUAAGUACAGUAAUCCACUCAGACAACAGAGGUCGUGUGAGUAGGAUAGCUAAAAAUUACGUCACACCCUCGUUUUUUAGCAUUAACGGGGACCAGAACCCCCUGUGAAAUAACCCACCCACAAAAUACACAUACACUACCAUGCUCCACCCACACCCGAGGAAUUUUCAUGUAUGUGUUUCUGGGUACCAAAAAAUAUUAACAUAUCGAAACUCUUUAUACUUUACAUAUUUCAUCCCAAGAUUACAAAAGUACAUGUAUUUACUUAAAUCUUUGUCAGGUUUAUCACCUGACUUGUGGAAUAUAAUGCACAAAAUACAAGGACAAGAAAAGACUGUCUCAUGAGGAGAUCGUGAGAGACUAGACAGUAAAAGUCUCCAACAUCGUUCUGAUCUAUCAUCUCACGUACUAUUGUAUCCCCCUCCCCAAACGCACACAAUGUCAAGAAGGAGGGAUGAGCAAGCAAGUUAACAAAAGCACAUUUUUUUAUCACGAUGUGUGUGUGUUGGGGAACUUGUCCUUGGCCACUUCUCGGGAGAUCAGGAAUCGGCUGGUGCACCUGUGUGGGGACUGCGCACUUUGUUUGUGCAAAGAAUCUUCGAAGCAAGGAUAAUACUUUUGCUUUGUAGCAAAUCCCUAAUAACAAUAUUGACAAUAAUUCUAACAAUCUUUCAUUCUAAAACCCUUGUAAAUCUUUCCCUGUGUCUCUCUCUUUCUCUCUCUCUCUCUCUCUCUCUCUCUCUCUCUCUCUCGCACACAGACACACACAAAUACA